GAUAUGAUCCGGAAGUUGAUUAGUGGGAGGUGAAUGUGCCAUCCUCUGUCACCAGUGAGGCUCAAAAUGAAUCUGAUCAGAGUAAUGGCAGACUAGUGAAUACGUUGCAUAAACAUUGGAGUUUAUUCUCUCUUGGGAUUAACCUGUGUUGUGUAUUCACAAAUAUUAGACUGAAUUUCAUAUUUGAAGAACUGAUGAUCAAAUAAAUCGAAAAUGAGCGCUGAGAGUCUGGCAGAAAACCACAUACGACAAAAUCAUUCGUGGCAAAAGCUCCCCGCCAAUGUGAAACAGAGUUUCAACUCCCAACGUGAAUAUGAAAAAGCGGUUGUCACCUUCAGCAUUAAAAACCAGCUCCGCUACAAGGGAAAUUUGGUGAAAACGGUGCGCAAAGAUGAGCCGCGCUACUACGAGGAGCUGCUGCAGUACAGCCGGGAGCACCUGAUGUUGUACCCGUACCACUUGUCGGACAUCAUGGUGAAGGGGCUGCGCGUGACCCCGUUCUCCUACUACAGCAACAUGAUGCAGGACAUCAUGGGACAGGAGAAGAGCUACGACUCGCUGCCCAACUUCACAGCAGCUGACUGUCUGAGGCUGCUGGGCAUUGGACGUAACCAGUACAUUGACCUCAUGAACCAGUGCCGCUCCUCCAAGAAAUUUUUCCGCAAGCGUCCUGUGAAGGAACUGUUGCCCGGUCAGCCGAUCGAGGGAGUGACCAUUGACCCCUGGUGGAUCGUCCAAGUGGGUUUUGUCACGGAGGACGACAUUCGGUUAUGUAACGAUGCGGAGAAGAAAGUCAUAGACAUGGUCAUCGACACAGGACCUCAAGUGUCAGGGGAGCUCAGCAAGGAAGUUGUUCACAGUCUGUACAGGAAAGGCUUAAUCUACUUGGAGGUGCCCAUGUUGGAUGAUGACUGCAUCAGUGUUCCUCCCCUGGAAGGGUUUGUGAUGAACCGAGUGCUGGGAGAUUACUUUGAGACUUUGCUCUACAAAAUUUUUGUGUCUAUCGACGAACACACGUCCGUGGCUGAGCUUGCCAAUGUCUUGCAGAUUGAUCUGUCACUUGUAAAGAACGCUGUCUCCAUGUACUGCCGGCUGGGCUUUGCCAAGAAGAAAUCGGUGGACUUUGACCUCUCUGACCUUCACCCCUCGUGGAACGAGCAGGACUCGCCCACGGCUGGACCGUCCAAGUCAAGUCCCAAAUUUGGGCACGCAGGCGUCUGUGAAGAGAAUUGCCUUCCUGUUUGACUCCACGCUCACAGCCUUUCUCAUGAUGGGAAACUUGUCGCCGGGUCUGAAAAGCCACGCGGUGACCAUGUUCGAAGUCGGGAAACUCAGUGAUGAGUCUAUGGACAGUUUUCUCUCAGAACUGGAGAAGGUGGGAUCUGACGCUGAGGGCGAGGCGCGCCGCUACUUCGACCACGCCCUGACGCUGCGAGACACAGUCCGCUUCCUGCGGCACAACAGAGAGUUGACGGAGGAGAUAGAGGGCGCAGCGGUGCCCAGUGGGCAGGGGAUCGACCUCCUUAGGUGUGAGAGUCUUCUAGGUCUGGACCCAGAGACGAGAUCGCGAGUUCUGAACAAAAACUACAGUCUGUUGGUAUCAAUGGCUCCACUCAGUAAAGAAAUCCGUCCAGUCAGCAGUUCCGCUCCACAGCACAUCGGCCCAGCUAUUCCAGAGGUGAGUUCUGUGUGGUUCAAGCUGUUCAUCUACCACCUGACGGGCUGCGGGCCACCCUCGCUGCUGCUCAUGAAGGGGACAAAACUCCACCGUCUGCCGCGCGUGUUUAAGCAAUACGACCGUCUCCUGGUGACGACCUGGGGUCAUGACCCCGGGGUCAUAGCCUCCUCCAAUAUCCUGCUCACCCUCAAUGAUGCACUCACUCACUCGGCCGUCUUUGUGCAGGGUCAUGGAGUACAUGCGGAGGGCCUGGCUGUACAUGUGCCUUUCCCGUUUGACAAAACACAAGGCACAUUCUCCGAAGGCCACCACCAGUGCCACGUCGUGAUGAGCCGUCUGUCGGAGACCCUCGACCUGACCCACACCUGCGGCUACGUCACGCUGCUCAACCCCCACAAGGAGGAAGUUCACGAGGAUGACCUUGAAGGGGAGCCACUCGUCCCGGGGACGGCCAUGAUCUCCGACCCCAGCGUCCCGUCUAGCGGAGCAGACGAAUCGGCAUCAGCCGCUGCGGCCAUGGCAACGAGCGCGCAAAGCGACACGACGGCUAGCGGUUCGGCGACGGAAAUGUCCGACUCAGACCUUGCGUUAUUGCCGCACAACGGAAUAAAAGACAAGCACUCGGCGGAGGUUCUCACCUCGGAGCUGGAUAGCCUCGAGGCGGCCGGGGCGGGGGGUGGGGGAGAUGGUGGGGCGGGGAAAGCGGGCCUGCAUCUGGAUGUGAAGUCGCAAGAGCUGAAGGAUUCGGCCGCGUCCUCGUCUCUUUCCUCGUCGUCGCGGUCUGCUGAGCCUCUGAAGGAAGAGGAGUGGCUGCUGCUGGACUUGUGCUUCGGUCUGCCGCUGUUCGACACCGCCCUCAACAGACAAGUGUGUGGCCGCAUCACAAAGCUCGGGCUCUUCAAACAGGAGAGUUUGCAAGAAUUGACCAGCUCGAGUCGCCUACUGUCUCUGAAGUUGCUGGAGUUUAUCAUGGGCUGGCAGGUGGCGCGUGUGGUCAGCGAGGUGGACAGUCACGGCGUGCCACAGAACAGGGACGAGCACUGCUCCAUCUUCCCCUCACAGAACAUUUUGUUUGACGGCACUCGCGUGCAGGUGUGGAAGGGCCACUAGGUCAUCAGCUCUCGCUGGCGGAAACACGGCAGAUGUUUUUGUGCUCGAUGAGAUUUCUGAGAUUUUGAAUGGUAGAGAGAUUGAAACAGGCUGAGAUUCAGUUAUACGUGGUGAUGGAAGUUUUGUGAUUGAAAAGAUUGAGUUGUAAAGAUAGAAGAAACAGUCUGAGUUUCGCGUGUUGAUGAAAGUUUUGUGAGUUGCAAGAUUGAAACAGGCUGAAUUUCAUGAGAUGGUAAAA